AUGGAUUUUAGUAAGAUUAUGGUAAUUAAAAUAUUUUCUAAGAACACUGUUUCUUUCAGAAAUAACUUAUUAUUAUGUCAUAGAUAUUUUCACUUUAUCUCUAAUCACCAGAGAUCACUUUUAAGCAAUACGUUUAUUCCAAGUGAUACUUUUUGUCAGAAUUCAGGAAAAAAAGAGACGGGUCAUGAUCUUUUAAUUAAAGCAGGAUUUUUGCGCCAAUCAUCACCAGGAAUAUACACAAUUUUGCCAUUAGCAUUAAGAGUUCAAGAAAAAAUAGAAAAAAUUAUUGAUAAAUUUUUAUAUAAAAUUAACGCAUCUAAGGUAUCUCUUCCAAAUCUUUUGACAUCUAGUUUAUGGAAAAAAACAAAAAGAUGGGAACUGUUAGGAAAAGAGCUUUUUAAACUCAAAAAUAGAAAAGGAAUAGAAUACUGUCUUUCUCCUACUCAUGAAGAAGAAAUAACGAAUUUAGUUGCUAAAGAAAUAUUAAGCUGGAGACAUUUGCCUUUAAAACUAUAUCAAACAGGAAAGAAAUUUAGAGAUGAGAUUAGGCCAAGAAGGGGUUUAUUGAGAGGAUGUGAAUUUAUUAUGAACGAUUUAUAUACAUUUGAUAAGUCUAAACAAGAUGCUAUUCAAACUUAUGAAUUGAUAUGUAAUACAUAUAAACAAUUUUUUUCUGAACUUGAAUUACCUGUAAUUAUGGCUGAAGCUAACAGUGGAAAUAUUGGAGGAUAUCUUUCUCAUGAAUUUCAUAUUCUGUUUCCGUCGGGUGAAGAUUCUCUUAUAAUGUGUCAAUCUUGUGGAUAUGUUUCAAAUGAAGAAUUUGCACUUAUUAAGCAGAAACAUCAAAUACCGUUUAAACUGGAGAAUUGCAAUUGCUUUUAUAUUAAAAACAUGGACAAUAUGAUUAUAGGAAUUGCAUAUAUACCUUCUUAUUGUGAAAUUAAUACAGUAUUUAUCAAUAGAAUUAUGAAAAAUGUAACUUCAGAAAUAAUAAUUACAACGCUUAAAGAUAAUACAAAUUAUGAAAUUGAUGAUUAUUACAAAAACGAAAUUAUUCAUAUUCUUGAUACAAAUUUUAAUCCUGAUUCUUUUAUAUAUCCAAGUUAUUUAAAAAAAUUCAAAAAUAAAUUAAUAACAGCUUUUAUAAUUAAAGCAAAAGAAAAUGAUCUAUGCUAUAAGUGUUCUCAACCAUUGAAAUCUGAAAAAAGUAUAGAGUUAGCACAUACGUUUUAUCUUGGUACAAAAUAUUCAUCAAUUUUAUCUGCAACAUAUGUUUCCGAGGAAAAUAAGGAUGUUUUGCCAAUUGAAAUGGGAUGUUAUGGAAUGGGUGUCUCAAGGAUACUUUCUUCUCUUGCAGAAAUAAAUAAGGAUGAUAAAGGCCUUGUUUGGCCAACAUCUGUUGCGCCUUGGAAAGCAGUAAUUAUAUCAUCAUUAGAUUCAGACCAUAUAUUAUAUAAAGUAUAUGAUAUAAUUGUUUGUUAUUUUGAAGAAGAUUCUAUUAUUAUAGAUGAUAGGAAAAAUAAAGGGUUUGUAUGGAAAAUGAAGGAUUCUGAUUUAAUAGGAUUUCCAUAUAUUAUAAUUAUAGGAAAACAUUGGAAAGAAACAGGUGAAUUAGAAGUUCAAGUAAGAAAAACGGGUGAAAAAGUUUUUGUUAAACCCGAAAAUAUUAAAAGUAUUAUACGAUAG